AUGCGCGUCCACCUCACCGCGGCCUCUUCGGUCGUGCUCGAGGACGUCGGGUACUCGCUCGAGUUCCGCUCGCGAGCUGGCUCGCCGGGCGCCGUCGAGGUGCUCUCGUACCCGCCAGGCUCGACGGCUCAGCCCUCACUCGACCCGGACGAGCACUUCAUCGAGGCGUUUGGCUGCCUUGGCCUGGUCAACCUCGACGGCAAGAGCUAUCUUCUCGUCCUCGUGCCUCCUGUCGAGCUCGCCACCCCGAACGAGCCGGGCAUGAACGUCGAGCGCGUCGACGAGGUCCUGUUUUACUGCAUCGACGACCUGCGCGAGAGGGCGACGGCCGACCACCCGUCGCACCCGUGCCACCACCUUCGCCAGGUCCUCGUCGACGGCUCGUUUGCCUACUCGAAGACGACCGACCUCACGAGCCGGCUGCAGACCCGCAUUCACGUCCAGCAACAGCGAGCCGACGCGUGCGCGCCGUCCUCGAGGCGCGACGACCAGACGCCGACCACCGUCCCCCGACACGAGCGCGGCACUCUCGAUUACACGUGGAACGCCUACCUCCUCGAGCCGCUCCACCUCCUCCGACUGUCGCUCGGCCCGACCGCCAAAGCCGCGUUCGACUCGCGCUCUUUCAUGCUGUCGGUCGUGCAGGGCUACUACGGCGCGCGAGACGUCCACGUCGGCGCCGAGAAGGUCACGCUCAGCGUCAUCAGCCGGCGAGGGUGGGGCAGGGCCGGGACGAGGUUCAAGAAGCGCGGGAUCGAUGGCGAUGGGUCCGUGGGCAACUUUGCCGAGACCGAGACGAUCCUCGAGACGUCCUCGCACAUCGUCUCGUUCGUCCAGCUUCGCGGAAGCGUCCCUUUGUACUGGCAAGAGCGGCCUCGCCUCGUCGGCGCCGUCAAGCUUGACAUCUCGCAGCCGCUCGCCGACCUCUCGCUCCCGCCCUUCCUCCGCCACAUGCGGUGGGCCGUCAAGACCUACGGCCGCGUGCACGCCCUCUCGUUCCUGUCGGACAACCCGAACGAAUCGCUCGCCGCCGAAGCCGCGCUCGGCUCGGCCUACGAGCAGCUGUGCGCGCUCGGCCAGGCGCAGAGCAAGCGCCUGCGCGAUGGGCUCGUGUUCGAAAAGUACUCGAUCCACAAAGCCCAGGUGCUGUCGAGCGGCGUCGAGAACAUGCCGCACGAGAUUGGUCGAGACGUCGACGAGCUUCUCGACGAGUACGGCGCGACGACGGCCAGUUUCGACGAGACGUCGGGCCACUUCGUUGUCGAGACAGAGCAGCAGGGCGUCUUCAGGGUCAACUGCCGCGACUGCCUCGACCGCUCGAACCUCGGCGAGUUCAGCAUCUCGGCCUCCAUGCUCGACAAGCAGCUCGCCAAGCUCGGGCUACCGCCGCUCGAAGGCAGCCAACUUGAGAAGGCUCACCGUGAGCUCUUCUCGGCCAACGGCGACGCUCUGUCGCAGAUCUACGCCGGCUCGCGCGCCAUGAACUCGUCCUUCAUCCGGACGGGCAAGGUGACGCGCGCGCAGAAGUUCGAGAACGCCGAGGCGUCCGAGCUGCGGUACGGCCAGUUGAAGGACCGGUCGUGGGCGCCGCAGCUCGUGCUCGUCGAGCCACCGGCAGCCUCGUCCAGCAUGCCCUCGCCGACGCACACCGACACGGACUCGGGCUCGCUCUCGGACCUCGACUUGGACAUCUGA